AUGAAUACUAAAGAAAAGUCCUGUAAGUGUGAUGUGUGUAAUGAGGUAUUUGAUGACUCGUCUAGUCUACAGACACAUCUCAAGACACAUCCAGACCAGAAGCCCUUUGUGUGUGAUGUCUGUGGUAAGGGAUUCCAUGUGAUGAACUAUCUGAAAGCACAUCUUGAGAAACAUUCAGGUGAGAAGCCUUUCAUGUGUGAUGUGUGUGGAAUGAGAUUUACUUUGACAAACAGUCUGAAAGUACACAUAAAGAGAAAACAUACCAAAGAAAAAAACUAUGUUUGUGAUGUCUGUGGUAGUAUGUACACAACAGAAAGAGACAUGAGAACACACCUCAGGAUAAAACAUGAAAGAGGAAAAACCUACAAGUGUGAUGUUUGUCAUCAUGGAUUUUAUAAUCAGGAAAGUCUACAUACUCAUCUCAAGACUCACUUCUUGAAGAUACAUCUCGGGACGGACACUGGAGAGACACACUACACAUGUGAUCUGUGUGGAAAGAUCUUUAGUGAUCUUUUAAUUAGUAUGCUACGGAAACAUGUACAGACACAUACAGGGGUACAUCCCUAUACUUGUGGUGAAUGUAAAAAGAGUUUUAGUAGUUCAGGAAGUCUGAAUACCCAUCUACGGACACAUACAGGGGCAUAUCGCUACACGUGUGGUGAAUGUAAAAAAGGGUUUAGUAGCUCAUCUGAUCUUAAAAAUCACCUUCUGAUACAUACAGGAGAGAGACCUUACAAAUGUGAUGUUUGUGGAAAAGCGUUUAAUUAUCCAUGUAAUUUAAAGCGACACCAAGCGAUACAUACAGGAGAGAAGCCAUACAAAUGCGGUACAUGUAAGAAGGAAUUUAGUCAGUUAUAUAAUCUGAAAACGCACCUCAGGGUACACACAGGAGAUAAACCUUACACAUGCGAUAUCUGUAGUAAGCCGUUUAGUGAUCUUUCUACCUUGUAUAGACACCAAAGGGUGCAUACAGGGGAAAAGCCUUACAAGUGUGAUGUAUGUAGCAGGGCGUUUAGUGAAAGUUCUAAAUUACAAAAUCACCGAAGGGUACAUACAGGAGAGAAGCCUUACGAGUGUGAUAUAUGUAGUAAGGCCUUUAGUGAAAAUUCUGCCCUGUAUAGACACCGAAGGGUUCAUACAGGGGAAAAACCGUAUAAGUGUGAUAUAUGUAGUAAAGCAUUUAGUGAAAGUUCUAAAUUACAAAAUCACCGAAAGGUACAUAAGAGAGAGAAGCUCAACAAAUCAGAUGACAAUAGCAAGAUGUUUAUUCAUAUUCGUGACUUAAAAAGAUGAAAAAUAGUGCACAAAGAUGAGAAACAGUAAUGAGAUGAUGAUGGAAGGGCGUUGCAUCUAGCAUUCGAAAACUCCUACAAAUGUUAUAUCUAUAGUGAAGUAUGGAGUCAGUCAGCAGACCUACGAUGCCACAUGAAGACAUACACACAUGGAGCAAGGGCUGUAAUGGUCACUAGAAUUCUUUAAAGGCUGUCAUUGUUUUUUAACAUAUUACCUUGAAAUAUUGUUAAAACACAAUUUUUGAAAAAAUUGCCAUUCAGAAUAUAGCUUUUGUAUAACUGGAAAUUCACUGCUUCAAAAUGCCAGUUACAUGUGUUAAGAGUUUUAUUCUGAAGCAGUUCUUUGGAAGUAAGUGUUUUUGAUAUAUCAGUAGACAUAUAUAGGCAUAUGAUUACAUAUUUGUAAGAGCCCGAUAAUUAUUAUCAUCAGGAAGUAGCUUAAUACAUGUACUCUGUCAAAUAUAUAGUAGCAGUCUGAUCUGACAAAUGUUUGUGCGUUUGAUGUCAUUGCAUAGACCAGCCAAAAACUAACAGACUUCUACAUAAUUGAAAGUUUGCAGCAAAUUCGCUGCAAGCUAUUCUGUUUGCAAUAAAUUCACAGGUUAUUGCGGCUGGCUGCAAAUAAUUCUUUGAAAUUGGGAAAAACAACUUUUGUUUGUUGGUUAGCAUUAUAGUGAAAUUAGUUCUCAUGCUGAAAUGAUCAAGUUGAAAUUUCGUCCUAUAAACAAAAUAACCGAAGAUCAUGUGCAUUUUUUUCCAAACAAUAGACAUGAUUUAUAAUAUAAAGAAUAGGAUGUAUGUAGCUCUGGUUAAUUAGAAGCACAUGUUCAAGGUUUGUUCUUAAAAUUUAUUAAAAGUAAUAAAUUAUUGACAGACUUGA